AUGGUGCUGUACUGGGCAUGGGGGGUCACUGUCACCUCCAUUCUCAGUCACACCAUGGAAGACUCAACGACCAGCUGUCACAAUGUAGACUAUGAUCAAGUGGUGGUGCUGUAUGUGCAGGCUGUUGGCACCAAGGAGUGGAGAGAGUUUGGGAGGACGGAGGUGAUUGAUAACAGCCUGAACCCCGACUUCGUCAGGAAGUUCGUGCUGGACUUCUUCUUUGAGGAGAAACAGAACCUGCGCUUCGAUGUAUACAACGUGGACUCCAGAAGUUCCAAUAUUUCCAAACAUGUAAGUUUAUCUUGCACGAGAUCCACCUCGACUCUAACCAAGCAGUCAUGUCAGCCAUUGUGUCAUUCCGUCAUUACAUCACAGGACUUCCUGGGUCAGACAUUCUGUACUCUUGGGGAGAUCAUCGGGUCCACAGGCGGGCGGCUGGAGAGACCACUCUCUGGGAUCCCAGGGAAGAAAUGUGGGGUUAUCAUCUUCUCUGCAGAGGAACUCAGUAACUGCAGGGACAUCGCCACCAUGCAGCUGUGUGCUAACAAGCUGGACAAGAAGGACUUCUUUGGCAAGUCGGACCCCUUCCUGGUCUUCUACCGCAGCAACGAGGACGGAACGUUCACCAUCUGCCAUAAGACUGAGGUGGUGAAGAACACUCUGAACCCAGUGUGGCAGCCCUUCACCCUGCCAGUACGAGCUCUCUGCAACGGAGACUACGACAGAACCGUGAAGGUGGAUGUUUAUGACUGGGACCGAGACGGCAGUCAUGACUUCAUCGGGGAGUUUGCCACCAGCUACAGAGAGAUGUCCAGAGGAGAGAACCAGUUUAAUGUAUACGAGGUUCUGAAUCCCAAGAAGAAAGGCAAGAAGAAGAAAUACAUUAACUCAGGGACAGUGACUUUGCUGUCCUUCACAGUACAGUCAGAAUACACGUUUGUGGAUUUCAUCCGAGGAGGAACUCAGCUCAACUUCACCGUAGCCAUCGACUUCACUGCUUCUAAUGGUAACCCGGCACAGCCCACCUCUCUCCACUACAUGAGCCCGUACCAGAUGAAUGCGUACGCCAUGGCGCUGAGAGCUGUGGGUGAGAUCAUCCAGGACUACGACAGCGACAAGAUGUUCCCCGCCUACGGCUUCGGAGCCAAGCUGCCCC